AUGUUUGUAAAUCUACGUACUGUUACACCUGAUCUUGCGCAAAUAGGUGUACGCCCCCCUUAUACUGGGGUAGUUGUGUCCGUUGACUUACCGGUGUCUGUUUUACGGGCUGAACGCAUUGCUGAUAUCAUGACGCAUACUCUUAAAGAUAGGCCAGACGUGACUUUUGAAAAUAAACAAGGAGAACAAGGAUUUUGUUCAUUUAUAAGAGGUCUUCCACAGAAACCUCAAAAUACCAUUCGAUUAUUUGAAAGGAGUGCUGGGGAAUAUUACAGUGUCCAUGGAGACGAUGCAUUAUAUAUUGCACAAAACGUUUAUAAAACGACCUCCGUUAUUAAAUACUUGGGUGGAAAUUUUAAGACUGGAGUCCCUAGUUGUGCAUUAUCUCGUCAGAAUUUUGAAACAUUCUUGCGCGAUGCUUUAAUGAAUAAACAAAUGAAAGUAGAAAUAUGGGCUCAAGAACAAAAAAAAGCAAAUUCUUGGAAAAUAAUUCAACAAGCAUCGCCCGGAAACAUACAGGAUCUCGAAGAUUUUCUAUUUUCAAAUGUUGAGAUCACUACAUCGCCUAUGGUACUCAGCGUUAAAUUGCAGAAUUCAGGUGAACAGAAAAUUGUUGGAGUAGCUUUUGCAGAUACUACCAUUCGAGAAUUGGGUGUAUCAGAAUUUAUCGACAACGAGCUAUUCUCAAAUUUUGAGUCCUUAUUGAUACAACUCGGUGUGAAGGAAUGUAUAAUUCAAUCGGAUGAAGUUCACAAAGAUUAUGAUCUUGCAAAAUUACGAGAAGUGAUCGAUAAAUGCGAUAUCGUUAUUACUGAACUCAAGAAAAGUUAUUUCAAUACCAAGGAUAUUGAACAAGAUCUAAAUCGCUUACUGGGAGAUGACAUAUCUGUGGUUUCUUUGCCUGAAUUUGAAAUGAAAAAUGCGAUGGCUGCUUGCGCAAGUAUAAUUAAAUAUUUGUCGCUUUUGACAGAUACGAGCAAUUUCGGAUAUUAUAUUUUACGACAUCAUGAUUUAUCGCAAUUUAUGAAAUUGGAUGCAUCUGCGUUGAGAGCGUUAAAUUUGAUGCCGAGUCAACAUGAUGGUCCCAACAAGAAUACAAGUUUAUAUGGUCUUUUAAAUAAAUGCAAGACUUCUCAAGGAUCAAGAAUGUUGAGCCAAUGGCUCAAACAGCCACUGAUGAACAUAAAAGAAAUUGCAAAGACAAACCUUCGUGGAAAUAUUUGUGAGCGAUACGGAACUCCGACAAUCUUUAAGAGUAUAUUCGAAAGAUAUUUUGAAGAACACCUUAAUAACUUGCCUGAUCUUCAUCGUAUAGCUAAACGUUUUCAAAGGGGAAAAGCUACAUUACAGGAUGUUAUACGUGUAUAUCAGGCGAUUAACAAAUUACCUGGGCUUAUAAGCGCUUUUGAAUCAUUUAAUUCAAUGGACGACAGAUUAAGAGAUCUUAUCGAAGAAAUAUUUCUUAUUAAGCUAAGGGAACACAAUGACCAACUUGAAAAGUUUAAAGAGUUAGUUGAAACAACAGUUGACUUUGAAGCUGCGGAGCAUCAUCAUUAUGUGCUCAAGGCUGAUUUUAAUGAUGACCUAAAAGUAAUUAAAGAAAGACUUGAUGAAACGAUGAGUGCAAUGAAUCAAGAACAUCAAUUGGUUGGAAGAAAACUCAAUGUUGAUACAGAAAAGAAACUUCAUCUUGAAAAGCAAGGAACAUACGGAUAUUGUUUGCGAAUGUCCAGACUUGAAGCCAAUUGUCUUCGUGGACAAUCGGAAUACAUUGAACUUGCAACGCAACGGACUGGUGUAUUUUUUACGACACGAAGGUUGAAAGAAUUAAGUUCUAAUUUUUUGAGCGAGACGGAGCACUAUGAAGACGUACAAAGCUCUCUUGUGAGAGAGGUUAUCAAUAUUUCUGCCUCUUAUUGCUCGGCAAUGGAAACAUUGAAUGUAUUAUUGGCGCAUAUUGAUGUCUUGGUUACUUUUGCAGAUGUUUCCAUACGUGCACCUACACCUUACAUUCGCCCAAAAAUGAACGAUAAAGGUGAAGGUCAUGUUGUUUUAAAAAAUGCUCGCCAUCCUUGCCUAGAAAUUCAAGAUGGUGUUUCGUUUAUUCCAAAUGAUGUCGAAUUAAUUCGAGAUCAAAGCGAAUUGCACAUUAUCACGGGUCCAAACAUGGGUGGCAAAUCGACAUACAUUCGACAAAUUGGUGUUAUUGCUUUGAUGGCGCAAGUUGGAUGCUUUGUUCCAUGCACGGAAGCUAGUUUAUGCAUAUUUGACUGUAUACUUUCCAGAGUGGGUGCUGGAGACAGCCAGCUCAGAGGUGUAUCUACAUUUAUGUUGGAAAUGUUAGAAACUGCUACAAUUCUGAAGACUGCGACAAAAAAUUCUUUGAUUAUUAUUGAUGAGCUCGGACGGGGGACAAGCACUUAUGAUGGAUUUGGACUCGCUUGGGCCAUAUCAGAGUACAUCUCGACACAGAUACGCUGUUUUUGCUUGUUCGCAACACAUUUUCACGAAUUAACUGCACUGAGUGAGGAAGUUCCACACGUGCGUAACCUCCAUGUUACGGCGCACAUCGACCAGAAGGCUUGCGGAACACGUGACAUUACAUUGUUAUACAAAGUUACUGAAGGUGUCUGUGACGAGAGCUUUGGCAUUCACGUUGCUGAAUUGGCCAAUUUCCCAAAAAUUGCAGUCAAACUUGCAAGAAGAAAGGCAAAUGAAUUAGAAGUCUUUAUGCAACAUGAACAAGAUAAUAACGCAAAAGACAAAUAUUCAAAACAGGAAAUUGAGGAAGGAGGCGCUAUCAUCAAAGAAUUUCUUAGAGAUAUUUCCCAAACUUCCAACAUUGAAUCUAUGGAUUACAAUUCAAUAUUAGGUCUUAUUCAGGAA